AUGGGGCUUGAGCAACCAUAUAUUUACUACUGUAUGGCGCUAAAAAGGCAGGGGUCGCCUGUGACCUCUUCUCCAUCCUCUUCCAGUCAUUACCUGGUGGUUGUCCCGGCCAUCCUGUAUCAUCCCAAUGUGGACAAGGUCUGCGUCCUUCUCAGUUCCCUCCCAGAGAGCGUUCACCUGACUGUCACGCUGGAGAUGAAGACCCAGAACCAUUCCCUAGUAGAGAAGGACGUGGAGAAGCCCGGAGCUUUUGAGUGCAUCGACUUCAAGGUCCCACUCUUCAUUCCAACAAAAGAUAGACCAAGUGAAGAGGUGGCCCACGUGCACGUCCUCAUCCGCAAGGGUGACAGUGUGAGCUUUGAGGGCCGGAAGAAGGUGCUGGUCAGGUCCAUUGACAUCUACAACAUCAUCGAGCCAGACAAGCCCUUUUACAAGCCUGGAGAGACAGUCCGUUUUCGCAUUGUGAGGCUCAGUUACGAGUUCAAGGGCUCACCGCAAAAGAUCCAUUUGGUCCAGCUGAUGGAUCCCAAUAAGAACCGGAUUGGCCAGUGGCUGGAUGUGGAGACCAAACAAGGCAUUGCGGAUUUCUCCUUCCCUCUUCCCUCAGAAGCGGCCCUGGGAAUGUAUACCAUCCAAGUGGGGGAGAGCAAACGUGAAGGAAGCACAAACACUUUUGUAGUGCAGGAAUAUGAGCUACCAAAAAUCGAAGUGCUGUUUGAGCUACCCCCAGUGGUCACCACCACAGAUGAACUAUUACCGGUCAAAGUAUGUGGAAAGUACACCUAUGGGAAGCCUGCUCAUGGAAAAGUAAAUCUCGAGUUUAACAUAAGCCCAUCGGUUUUUUCCUUUGAAGACCUGACUGGAGAGUGGACAGACAUUGAGAAGGAGUACACAGGCCAGAUAAGGGAUACCCAAAAAGUGCCUGAAAUGUGGAAGGAAGCCAACAUAUCACUUAUACCCAAAGAAGGACAAGAUUUAACAAGCGUGAAGAAUUAUAGACCGAUUUCUCUUCUUAAUAAUGAUUAUAAACUGUUCACAGACAAGAGUGGCUGUGCCUCGUUCACUGUUCAUAUGGCUGAAAUGAAUGUGACUCAAAAAGGUUUUGGGACCAUGAUCGGCCUUUCUGCAGAAUUUGUCGAAGAAGAAACAGGAGUGACCGGCACAGUCAUGCACAUGUUGUCUCUCGGCAGCAAGGAGAUGUCCAUCAACUUCAUCAACCUCAAUCCGUUCUAUAAGCAGGGCUUUCCGUACACCGGCAAGAUGCGUGUGAGUACUCUCGAAGAGGCACCUGUUCAGAAUGAGACUGUCUAUCUCACGGUUGAGGUCCAUGAUGUAGAUACGCACCUGCCGUAUGUCACAGAUGAGAAUGGGGAAGUCCACUUCUCCCUAGACACGACGAACUGGAACGGCACCCUGGUUUCCAUACGGGGUAGACAUUUCCUUGACAAUGCAACCCAAGGGGAUGAGGCCAGUGUUAUGAGGACCCGCAUGGAAGCCUUCAACUGGCUGAAGCCCUUUUACUCGGAGAGUAACAGCUUCCUCGAGAUCCAGCACAUAGAGGAAGAGCUGCCCUGUGGAACGGAGCAGGAAGUACUGGUGGACUAUAUGAUCGAUCGGAAAGAACUGGACCCCGAGGCUGACCACAUGGAUUUCUAUUAUUUGGUUGUCUCAAAGGGAAGGAUUUUUUCCAGUGGGCAGAAAAAGGUGCCAGUUGGCCAGGAUGAAACACUGAAGGGCACCUUCUCCCUCUCUGUGUCCACGAGCAUGGCUCUGGCGCCCACUGCCAGGCUUCUCCUGUAUGCCGUGUUUGCUGAUGGUGAGGUGUCAGCUGAUGUGGACGUGUUCACCAUAGAGAAGUGUCUCCAGCAUAAGGUAUCGGUGGGCUUCUCUAAGGAGGAGGAUCUUCCAGGAUCUGAGGUCAGCCUACGAGUAGAAGCUGCCCCUGGGGCACUGUGUUCUGUCCGAGCUCUGGACAAGAGUGUCAUAUGGAAGGCAGAGAUAAAUACAAUGCUGGACCUACAAGAGGUGAGAAAGCCCAUUCUUCCGAUUGAUUAUACAACAGUCUCUGGAAGAGGGUUCAGUUACCACUUGGAAGACUUCGAGCCGUACCCAUGUCUCCUUCGCCCGGGCCCUAGUCCAAGGAGCAAGCGGUCCCUGCGGGUGGCUCCCUGGUAUCAAAGCGAGGCAGACGUUUACAGUCUGUUCAAGCUCCUGAGAAUGAAAGUUUUCACCAACACCGAUAUUAAAAAGCCCGUCUCCUGUGAGCACCCACAGCGUUUGCUCCUCCCCUCAGCCUUCGCAAAGUCCCAACCUGUCGCCGGGGCUGACCGAAGGUCCCAGGCUCUCGACUCCAAAGCAAAGAAGGAGAAAAAGAAGCCCAAACCCAGGACGUACUUUCCCGAGACCUGGAUCUGGGAUCUGGUGCCAGUCAAUGAGUGAGGGAAAGCCUCUCACUCCGCCAUCGCUCCGGACACCAUCACGGAGUGGAGAGCCGACGCCUUCUGUAUGGCAGAUAUCGGCCUCGGGAUUGCCCAACCGGCCGCCUUCCGGGUCUUCCAGCCAUUCUUUGUGGACCUGGCGCUGCCCUAUUCUGUGGUCCGUGGGGAGACCUUUGAACUCAAGGCCACGGUCUUCAACUACCUGAAGGACUGCAUCCAGGUGAACGUCCGCCUGGCGGAAUCGCAGCAAGUCGAGGUGAAGCCCUGCCCGACCUGCCCCUUCACCGUCUGCCUCUGCUCAGAGGAGGCUCAGACCUUCGCUUGGAACAUGACGGCGACGCAGCUGGGACACGUCAACUUCUCCGUAACCACUGAGGCUCAGGAGACACAGGAGCUGUGCGGCAACAAAAUCUCCAUGACGCCCCCACGUGGCUGCUCCGACACCGUGAUCAAGCCCCUGCUGGUCAAGCCAGAAGGCGUCCUCAAGGAAGAGACCCACAAUGCAUUCCUCUGCUCUUCAGGGGAUGCUGUGGUGGAGGACGUUUCUCUCAAGCUGCCCGAGAAUGUCGUGGAGGACUCUGGCCGAGCCGUCUUCUCUGUCAUUGGUGACAUUCUGGGCGCCUCGCUGCAGAAUUUAGACCGGCUGCUUAAGAUGCCCUACGGCUGCGGGGAGCAGAACAUGGUCAAGUUUGUUCCCAAUAUCUUCGUACUCCGGUACCUGGAGGCGACCAACCAGGCAACUCCUGAGAUCAAAGCCAAGGCCACGGAAUACAUGGAGAAGGGGUACCAGCGCCAACUGCUCUACCAGCACAGCAAUGGCUCCUACAGUGCCUUUGGCCAACGUGACGCUGAGGGCAACACCUGGCUGACAGCUUUUGUGGCUCGGGCUUUUGGCCAGGCAAAAUCCUACAUCUUCGUUGACGAAAAGCACAUCCGAGAUACCGUCCACUGGUUGGAGGAACACCAGCGUCCCAGCGGCUGCUUUGAAAGUGUAGGAAGGCUCUUCAACAACGCCCUAAAGGGUGGGGUGGAUGACGAGUUCUCCCUGACGGCUUACGUGACCGCUGCACUGCUGGAGAGCCACCUGGACCAGAAUGGGACCAUGGUAGAAGAUGCUUUAGCUUGUCUGAAGAGGAAUUUAAGUUUUGUGGAGGAUGCCUACCCCAGAGCCUUGCUGGCGUAUGUCUUCACGUUGGCAGGGGACACGGAGACACGGCGGCAGCUCCUGACAGACUUAGGCGAACAGGCUGACCGAGAAGAUGGCUGCGGGAGCCGGAAGGAGCCCCCAGCAAUGCCUACUGCCGUGUGCAGAAUUAAGAUCACCCUUGUCUUUGCAGAAGGAGUUGUGUCCUGGUCCGACGUCGAGACAACUGCUUACGCCCUCCUGGCGUACCUCUCUCAACCAGAGGUGUCUGCAGAUGACAUCAAAGAAGCCUCCCAGAUCACAGCCGCCCUCGUUAAGGAGCAGAAUCCAUACGGGGGAUUUUUCUCCACGCAGGACACGGUGGUCGCCCUGCAGGCCUUAUCCUGGUACGCAGCCUUGACCUACCGUGAGAUUGAAGGCGUCCGUGUGCUGGUGAAGUCCACCACGGGUUCCCAGCAAGAAUUCCACGUGGACAAGGGGAACCGGCUGGUGCUGCAACAGGCGUCUCUCCCCGAGGUGCCCGGGCAAUACAAGGUGGAGGUCUCGGGGAGCGGCUGUGCGUACGUGCAGAGCACUCUUCGCUAUAACCAGCCACCUGAAAAAUGUGACGCUUUUACUUUGAGUGUGGAGACUUUGCCGAAAGAAUGUGACCGGACUACCAGGAAAUAUUUCGAUAUUCACCUGCAAGUGAGCUACUCGGGACAACGGGAGAGAAGCAACAUGGUCCUGUUGGAAGUGAACAUGCUCUCGGGAUACAUCCCCGUGAAGAAGUCUGUGAAGAAGCUACUAGAGAAGCCCCUAGUGAAAAAGGUGGAAUUCGAACCUGACGCAGUCAGCAUCUACCUGGAUGAGCUGGAUAGUGACGAGCAACACUACAGCUUCUCGGUGGAACAAGAAUUCGAUGUGAAAGACCUGAAGCCAGUGACGGUCAAGGUCUACGAUUACUACCACCCAGAUGACUAUGCGGUUGCCGAAUACAAUGCUCCAUGCAGCACAGAGAUCACAAAGGAAGACCAGGCCCACGCUGUACCAGGAGACUGAAGCACCAUAACGCGAAUU